AUGGCGUCAGCGCCUCCGAAGGGGGAGUCGUUUGACUUCGAGGAUCCACGCGCGCAGGAAGCCAUGGGAUCUGCCUCCGCGUCCUGCAGCCCUGCCGGAGGCGUCUUCGGCGUCUCCCCGCCGGAGUCCUCGCGCCGCGACAGCCGAAAGAGAAGGAAAGACAGGCCUUCAUGGAUCAAACAUACGUUCACACCUCAUUUUGACGGUCACCUGUGGAGAAAGUACGGCCAGAAAAACAUCAAGGACUCUGCCUUCCCAAGGCUUUAUUACAGAUGCUCUUACCGUGAAGACAGGCAAUGCCUUGCCUCAAAGCUGGUGCAACAGGAGAACCACGAGGACCCACCACUGUUCAAGGUCACCUACACGUACGAGCACACGUGCAACACCGCGCCCGUCCCAACUCCCGAUGUCGUGGCCGAGCUGCCGGCGCCGGCAACUGGCGACGCGCUCCUUCUGCGGUUCGACUCCACGGGCGCAGGCCACCGAGGCGCGCACCGGAUGGAGCAGGAACGACAUUACCAGCAGCCUGCGGCACCUGGGUCUGGGUGGCCGUCCAUGAUGCUGAGCUUUGAUUCCAAUAACCGUCAGCACGAACAGUGUACGUUCCCUUCCGAGCUGCCGCCAGCUGCGUCGUCGUCGUCGUUUUCGACCGAGGGACUGCCAGCGCCGUCGUCUACAACCGAUGGCGGAGACGACGGGUUCUCGACGUGGGACUCGUUGAGAUACGGAUUAAAUGACCAUGUGCACUUCGGCGACCAUUCGUAUCUCCCAAACAGUGGUAAUGAUGGUGACGAUAACUACUGACCGUCUGUCUGGCCACAUCCACACACGGGCAAAAAACUGUCAUUGUUUGACCUGGAAUUAAGAAGUUAAUACACAUUCUUUGUUGAGGGUAUGUGCACACGUACUGAUGUAUAAUUGUUUGUUCAUUUUAGCUAAAGUUCACUAGCUUGAGUGUGUUAUAUAUCCAUCAAUGCAUGUUUAUACUUUUUGUUGUGGAGAAUGCGGAGCCAUGGUCAAAACCCUUUUGGGGCUGUCUCCAGAAAUUUGGGGGCCCGGGACAAAAAUCAACGUAGGAUUUUUUUUAACCAUUUAACUGAAGAACCAAUAUAAGUAAAGCAUACCCCCACUUAUAAUUAUGUAACUUCAAACAUGUCUUAUUUGGUACAAUAUUUAGGAAAUAUACCAAAUACUAAUGGUAAAAUAGAAAAUAUGGUACUAGAGCAAUAAAUUUAUAAACUGGCCUCAUUUUCUACCAAAAAACAGCACCCUUCGAGUAUUUCUUGAAAUGAAUUAUUCGGUCACAUCUUCAUAAUUAAUCUGAAUCAAUUCAAACUCUCAUAAUAAUAGCCCUGUAGAGCAAAGAAAAUAGA